AGCCAGCUGCUCCAGCCAACAGCACAAGAUGAAGCCCGGCCUCCCUUUCCUAGAAGCACUUCUGUUCCUCCUCGGCCCAGCUGCAGGGGAUUUGGGGACCCCUGGCCCCAGCCCCAGCUCCUUGCCCCUCACUGACUUUACCUCUAACGUCGUUUCUGGCUCCAGCUCCAGCUCCAGCAGAAGCUUUGGUGCCUCCAGCUCCAAGGGUAGCUCCCGGGGUAGCUCCAGCGGUAGCUCCAGGGGUAGCUCCAGCGGUAGCUCCAGUUCCAGCGGAGGCUUCAGCUCUGGCUCUGGCUCUGUGUCCCGGUUUUCCAAUUUCACCGGCUCCAAGGAUGACCGCGGGACCUGCCUGUGCUCUGUUGCCCUGCCAGACACCACAUUCCCCGUGGAAAGAAUGGAACACUUGGAAAUCACAGCACGCAUCCUCUCCCAGAAGUUCGAGAAGGAGCUUUCUAAAGUCAAAGAGUAUGUCCAGUUAAUCAGUGUCUAUGAAAAGAGACUCUCAAACCUAACUGUCCGAGUAGAGAUCAUGGAAAAGGAUUCUAUUUCUUACACUGAAUUGGACUUUGAACUGAUCAAGAUAGAAGUGAAGGAGAUGGAGAAGCUGAUCAUCCGGCUGAAGGACACUUUUGUUGGAAGCUCAGUAAUUGUUGACCAGCUAGAAGUAGAGAUAAGGAAUAUGACUCUCCUGGUAGAGAAGCUCGAGACACUAGACAAAAACAAUGUCCUUAGCAUUCGCCGAGAAAUCGCAGUGCUGAAGAACAAGCUAAAGGAAUGUGAAGCCUCUAAAGGUGAAAACAUCCCUGUUGGCCCCCCUCCUCCAGCUCCAGGGACAUGUGCUCACGGUGGUGUGGUGAACAUCAGCAGACCUAUUAUAGUUCAGCUCAACUGGAGAGGGUUUGCCUACAAGUAUGGUGCCUGGGGCCGGGAUUAUUCUCCCCAGAAUCCAGACAAAGGGCUGUAUUGGGUGGCACCUUUGAAUACAGAUGGGAGAAUCUUGGAAUAUUACAGACUCUAUAACACACUGGAUGAUCUGCUAUUGUAUGUAAAUGCCCGAGAGUACAGGAUUCUGUAUGGUCAAGGUAGUGGUACAGCAGUUUACAAAAACAACAUGUAUAUCAACUGGUACAACACCCGCAACAUUGCCAAAGUUAACCUGACUACCAACACGGUUGCUGUGACUCAAACUCUCCCUGAUGCUGCCUUUAAUAACCGCUUUUCAUAUGCUAACGUUGCUUGGCAAGAUAUUGAUUUGGCUGUAGAUGAGAAUGGAUUGUGGGUGAUCUAUUCAACGGAAGCCAGCACUGGUAACAUAGUGAUUAGUAAACUCAAUGACACCACACUUGUGGUGCUAGAAACUUGGCAUACCAAGCAGUUUAAACCAUCUGUUUCUAACGCCUUCAUGGUUUGUGGGGUUCUCUAUGCCACCCGUACUCUGAACACCAGAACAGAGGAGAUUUUCUACUACUAUGACACAAACACAGGGAGAGAGGGCAACCUACACAUUGUCAUGCAGAAGAUGCAGGAAAACGUGCAGAGCAUUAAUUAUCACCCUUUUGAGCAGAAACUUUUUGUCUAUAAUGAUGGUUACCUUCUGAAUUAUGAUCUUAUCUUUGACCAGGAACCCCGCUAAACUGUUUAGGUAUUAGGGCAAGAGAGAAAUAAAUAUUAGUUGAAAAAAUUCUAUUCUCCACUUUUUUAGAUACCUGCAAGGGGAUCAGAAGUAUAUUUGCUUAGUACUAAUAUUUGGGAGCAUAGUUCUACCAUACUAGAGACUUAAGAUAUUUGUCCUGAUUUGAUUAGUUCUCUUGGAAGCCAUCUGCCUCCUGCGAUGCAUUUCCUUCCUGAAAUAAGGCCUUUCCAGGGUAGGGUUGUCAGGGGUCUGGGAACAUUAUGGACCCCAAAAAAGCCUUCAGUGCAGUGACAUCUGGAAAUGAUGAAACUUAAAGAGGACUCUGUAUGGCUUCUGGGGGCCUUUGUACAGCAGAGAGGCUCAGUGACCAGUCUCCUCCAUGUACCCAAAUAAUUCUUUCAUACCUGACAAAAACCUGGGGCCUAAUUAUGCAGAGUAAUAUCUGAAGCUCCUUGAAGAACCAAAUCUUUAACUUCCUUUUCUUGCUCAAGCCUGAAAGAGUGUUUUGUAUGGAGCAGAUAAGUAAAUUUAGCGUGCUUAUAUUUUAUCUGUAAAAUGCUCUGAGUUUUCUGGAGAAAAGCCUUUUUGUAUAUCAAAGCAUACACUGAAAAUCAACCCCAUAUGGAUCUGCAGAAGAGGCUCUGGAUUAUUCCCUCCCCCUCCCAUUGUCUACUUAUAUGAAUAAGUAGAACCCAAAGAUAGAUUGGAAGAUUGGAAACAGAUUUGCCAACCAAUUACUGCCUCCCAUCUUCCUACAUCUUCUUUUUUAAAUAAAAAUUAACCAGUUUUUUUUAAUGGAACAGAUAUGAGAUAAAAUUAUCUUUUCCCCCCCUCAUCAUGAAUGUUUACUGACAUGACUCUAAGACUGUAAGAAAAUCAGAUGGCAGAGACAAAAUGGCAGCAUGUCUGGUUAUAUAACAAAGCCCUUGGAGCACAUGUGAGACUUGUAUGAAGUCAUAUAAAUUGUUUCAUGCAAUUUUUGUCUUUGUUUAAGACUGAAACUUGUAAGAAAAUAAUUUUUUUUUGAGGAAGAAAUAUAGAAAACUUGUUGCAAGUACCUCUUCAAUCAAUGCAGUUUGAAAACCUUGUGGGUGUAUGUGCUUCUGUGCUUUUGGAGGCUUUAUCAUCUGGUCUUGGGAUAUUUUCCCCUAAUGUUCAUGAGUUCUGCUCUCUAGAACUGGCUCCUUCAAUGCUGUACUCUUCUUCUUUUAAUAAAUGAUUAACAUGUGCUUU